AUGGACUCCCCCCGGACUCCCUUCCUGGUCAAAUCCGGCCCUCACUUUGAACCCGUCGACGAAGAACCCCUCGAGAAACCACCCGAAAGCAUCAUUCGAUCGUCGACGAGACAUCCUCCAUCGAAAUACUACAUCGCGCUCUGUAUCCGUAUCUUCAUCGUCCUCCUCGCUAUCUGGGACUGCGUCGCCUUGGUUCUCCUCCUCAUUCAGCACUUUCGCCCUUCCGUCUUGACUCCCCGCUUUCCAGAUGUCUACCGUCCAUCGACACUCCCGCCGACUCUGAAUUUCUGCGACUGCGGCUCGAGCAUCAGUGAAGCCAUCUCAAAGAGCUGUACCUUUGACAUCCUCGCCACAUCCUGGCUGCCACCCUACUGUCGCGACGAGGAACUAACCGCCGAGUUUGAACGGUCCGGCCCGGGGCCGAAUGGGGCGUGGUCGUAUUUCGCGGACGAGGCGGCCACGAUUCCUAUGAAUAAGUCGCAGAUUGCGGCGUUGGCAGAUGUGAAUGGGACGUUCUGGGUGACGCAGGCGUGGCAUCUCGAGCAUUGCAUCUUUUACUGGAUGAAGUAUGUUCGGAUGAGAGAUACCGGGGCUGUCAUGGAGGAUCGUUUCGAGGGAGUCGACCAUGUGAGGCAUUGUGGGUUGUUGUUUAGAGAUGAAAAGGACAAUCUCUCCACCAUGAUGAUAGAAGCCUCCGUGGUGCUGCAAUCAGGGAAAUGA